AUGUACCUGACUAGCCGCUCGGUUGGUCAAGCGGAUACGACGAGAGCGUAUCUCGCGAACAUUGUGCAAGACGGAUACAAACUCCCUCGCGGACCCACCAUCCUGUCGCCGGAUAGGACCAUGGCUGCACUCAGGCGCGAGAUUUACCUUCGGAAACCGCACAUCUUCAAGAUGGCUACGCUACGUGAUAUCCGGCAGCUGUAUGGCGCGGACCACAAAGCCUUCUACGCGGGAUUCGGCAACCGAUUCACGGAUCAGAUCUCAUAUCGGACUGUUGAUGUACCCCGGAAUCGUAUCUUUACCAUCAACUCAAAUGCCGAGGUAUCUCUUGAUUUGCUUAGUCUCAACAAACUCAAGAUGACGUACAUGAACAUCAACGAAGUCGUCGAUCAUUACUUCCCACCCGUCAGCACGCUCAUCACGGGCGGAGGUGAAGACUUCACCGACUUCACCUACUGGCGCCAACCGGUACUUGACCUUGACGACUUCACCGCUAGUGAAACGGAGGAGAGCGGAGAUGGCGACGAUCAAGGCAGUGCCUAUGGUGAUGACGAUGAUGACGACGACGACGACAUUGCUGACGAAGAUGACGAUGAGUUGGGCGACGGCUUGGCGGACAGCUAUAUGUCGCGCGACUCUAUCGAUGACGGGGAGAGCAUCCUCAGCGGCAGCGUUGAAGGCGACGAGCAUAUGAUGGGGUCUAUGCUUGAGGAAGAUGAUGCUGAUGACGAAUACUACGAGGAUGCUGAAGAAGAAGGUAGCGAGAACCACGCGGGCUUACCGGUGGAAUCGACGCAGACAUUGUUGGACGAGCAGGAGUUUGUGAAGGAUCAUAGCGCAGAAGUCAUCACAGGUGUGAAGAAUCUGAGCAUGGGCAAGGAAAAAGAAUCUUCUUAA